AUGCUGCACGGUUGCCCUUGUCAGCAUGGUUCCUUAGCGAGGAAACUUCCAAAAGGUCACUGCCAGAAACAACCUGUGCACCCUGAAUUCACACCCACCGGUUGUGUUGUUGUUGUUGUUGUUGCUGCUGCUGUUGCUGCUGGUUCAUGCUCCCUGAAGGUUUAUACAUAUGGCGUGUUCAUUGCAGCUGCACUUGCGUCGUGCGUGGUUGUCCUGGAGAUGGAGCUCAAGCGUCUCCAGAUCACGGCGGAUGGGGCCUUGAUGAUGUUGGCCUUCAUUCCAGGCUUUGGCGCUGGAUCAAAAGUGCACCUUCUUGUGUCGGCACUGGCUGCCGGUGGUGCAGUUCCUAACAUGUCGCUUGAGACAGGCCAUUCGUUUAUGGGCUCAGCCAUUGGGGGCCUUCUGACAGCUUCAGCCUACGGCUGGUGGUGCGGCCUCAGGCCACUGGUCCUGCUAGACCUUAUUGCUCCACUGGUUCCUCUGGGCCACGCCGUUGGGAAGAUCGGCUGUUUCCUGUCCGGGGAUGGUUGCUUCGGACCCAGAACGAGAGCAGACGCUCCCUGGGCGAUGUCCUUCCCAAACGGCUUGGUGCCCACGAGGGAACCCGUUCAUCCAACACCGCUUUACGAAAGUACACUCUCCAUGGCCCUCUUCCUGUUCCUGCACUUUGCAGUGGCGCUGCCCAGGAUAGGCGGCUCGAAGCGUCGUGUAGGCCUCCGCAGUGCGCUUACACUCUCGCUGUAUGGCCUGGAGCGCAUGCUUGUGGAACCUUUCCGAAGGCACCCUCCCAGCGACUACCUGCUGGGCCUCACUGAGUACCAAUUCCUAGCCGUGAUCUUCAUCCUCAUCGGUGUAGACUUGCGCUUAGUUUUGUUGCAUUGCAUUGUAUCUGCUUGGCUCCAGCAUGGAGCCGUGGCCGCAGAACUUCUUGGAGCUCCUGGCUUGUUGCAACAUCUUUCGCUUGAGCACAUCCUUGGCUUAGUCGUGCAGGCGACGGAGCAGGCUGGAGCCAAUGUCGUGCCGGCACCUUCGCACGCCUUGUCCCCAGAGCCUCAGAUGAGGAUUUUCCUUGCAGCUACGCUUCUGGCACCAUGUGUUGGCCAGGACGAUGGAGCGCAGGAAGAAGAGGCCUUGGACUUUGGUCUCCCCGGGGAGGGCACCGUGACGUCUUUAGAGGAGGUGGUUAGCGGAGUGUUCCUCAUCUAUGGUGAGAUGGACACAGAACUGCUAACUACAGGAGACCUCGACAUUGUUGUGCAGGAGACUGUAGGCAAAGUUUGCAAAAACUUUGAGCGCACAGCUGGCGCACCAACACUUACAAAAAUGUACGUUGAUGUGCGCACGGUGGGGCAGAAGCGCUUAGGCAUGAAUUACACCUGGCAGAUGCUGCCUCCCAUCGAGGCUGGCAAGGACUGUAUUAAUAGACUGGCCAUGGUCAGUUUCGGGCCCAAGGAGCCUCCCUUUGACAAGUUUCCCGCUCCGCCUAUCAGGGCGCUUUUCGAAGCGGAGAUGCGCCAGCACCCGCCAACAAGGCUGCUCAACAUGACUGGGUGGACCCUGAGCCUUCAAAACAUGUCUUGCGAUGAGCGACAGGUAAUCAAGCAUUGGAACCACAGCAGGAGCAUUGAUGUCUUCCCUACGGAAGAGCCCGAGUGCCUUGGAUCUGACAGUAUCACCUGGCAGCCUAACCUGGAAGGUGAAUUUGACCUCAACGAGGUCGGAGACUGCAAUGCGGCUGGCAGCAACCCAUGUGUUUGUGCAGCUCUCGCGAACUGCGAGUGGGUGACAGGCGUCAGUGGAGUGCCUCGUUGUGUGUACACUGCCCGACCUGGAGUGCCAUGCGAGGCAUGCCUAAAUCAGCCUCAAUGCGUCAUCACGCCCGAGAAAGAGUGCGAGAUGAAGUCAACACCGUGUGCUUGCGUACUGCGCGGGGGUGGAUGCAACUGGGACAUGACCAGAAGUCGUUGCUUCUUCGACGUCACGGCCAGCACGCCCUGCAUCGCAUGUCCUCGGCAGUACUUCUGCAGCCUGCCGGAGGUCAGGAGCAAGCAGCCCGAAAACCUUGCCGUGAUGGGGCAGGAGGAGGUUGGCUGGUGGAUCAACUUGACCUUUGACAGGGAGAUCGAGUUUCUCCACAUAGGCAUCGGCUCCGGCAUCAUGAUGCAGUGCAGGUCCAAGAGGCCGGGAGACUGGGCACCAACGUUUGAGCUGGAGUAUGGGAAGCUGGACAUCGAUGGCAAUGUUCUUCACAUCAACGUCCAGGGGCUGCCAAACGAUGAGACCCGAGACUGUGAUCUUGUGAUCUCGAAUAACGCGGUACGCGGUUCAGCGGCGCUACUCCCUUUCAGUGGCUUGGAGGAUAACAACAUCUUCGUGACGAUCCCAGAUGGUAUCCCGCCGGAGGUGAUAACCUUUGAUCCGUUGAACAGUGCGCGAGGUGUGCCGGUUACCACGACAGUUCAUUUCCACUUCAACGAGGACAUCAAAUUCUAUGCAAGUGGCAUGCUUGAGCUCUACAUCCUUGGUGGCAACCAAACUGAUCGCACGGCGGAUGUGAAGAUUGCAGAGAUCUCGGUAUGGGAUAAGGCGGUGGCCAUUGACAGGAACACGCGUCGCACCUUGCAUGUGGAGUUGUCUGGGCGUCUCGGCACCAGUACGUACUACUCGCUGACAAUCCCAUCCAAGACAAUCAGCGACCUUGCCAACAACCCAUUCUCGGGCAUCGAGCGUGGCGUGUACAUCUUCCAGACUGACGCAGAAGAAAUCGUGUCCCAGAUUGAGGAUGACACGGAAGAACAAACGCUGACCUUCACCAUAGUGCUGGUGGCUGUCGGUGGUUUGGUUGCUGUCAUAGCUUUGGUCGCUGCAUACCUGGUUCUGGACACAGUUCGGCAAGCGAGGAAAAGGGCACGCGUUGUUGCUCGGCGCGAGGACAAGGUGGAGGCCAAUGCCGUUCAGCCCGAGUCCAAUGUCAUGGACACUGGGUCGCCUAAAGUUGCCGAGCUCAACGAUGAGUUGCAUGAAGACUGGCCAAUGUCGCCGGCAACUGCAUCUUCGCCAACUGCGAGCUCCCCGAAGGCGGUGCAAAGCCCUGGGCCGCUCCUGUCCCCACAGAUGUCUCCAAAAGCCCGACCAGCCGUGCAGGUCUUCUCCAAGCCGGAGGAGCUGAAGACGCAAGUUCAUGACCAGUUGCGGCAUGCUGGCACCGUGGUCAGUCUUGCCGAUUUGCACGUGAAGAGCAACUCCAUGAUGAGGACCAUCGGCGGCAAGGUGGAUGACCGGCGAGGCAGAAACUCUGCUGCCAAGAAGCCUGCACUAUCAGCCAUGAUCACUUGGAGGGUCAAGGCCAACAACAAGUGGCUCUGUGACUGCUCCUACAUCACCUGUGGCGAGAAGGCCAGCAUCUGUCUACAGACUCAUCUGGUUGACAAGAUGCAAGGCAGUGCGCAGUUCAACUUGCGGGAGGAGAGCUUCAAUUCACUUCCCAUUGACAUGCUUGAAGCAAACAUGGAUGAGCGGGCGGUGAUCAAGGUUGGCUGGCGGAAUGUCAUCAAGGGCAACUUCCCUGUUGUGUACAAGGAGCUGGUUCAGCAAGACGGCAGUCUGCGAACUAUUGAAGACGCAACAGCUUAUGAGAAGAAGCGGCUUAAUCCCCAGCAGAAGAAGUUGCUGCGCAAGCUUCAGAAAGAUGCGCUUGAGGCUAAAGUAGCCCCGCGGGUUAAUGCGAAAGGGCACGGGCUGAACGUGUCCAAGCAGGUUGCCAAACAACUUGAAUCAGAGGUGCAGAUGCAACGCGGCACCAACUCAGAGCGCAAGGGCUUGAAGGAGGCCGAGGCUGCUGAGAAACGGAAGGCCAAGCAGCAGAAAUCAUUGAGUGAGAAGUUUCAGCAAGGUGCCAAGCUGCUGACACUUCAGAGUGAUGCGCUUUCCAACAUGCAGGAUUUCUUGGAGGAACUGCGCAAGCAUCACCCGGCCAUGGCUGAAGCCCUGCUGCAGAACGACCUCAUGCCAGCAAAGGCUCAGUUGCCACCAAGGCUGGAGGCAAAGAAGUUGGCUAAGACCAUGAAGGAUGCAAGCAAGAAGCUUCGCAAGGCGGCCGCCCAGAAGGCAACUCCGUUUCAGAGCAAUUCCAAGAUGUUCAGCGCAGAGGUGGUCCCAGGUCUUCUCCUUCGGGGCAAGAUCGAUGCACAAAGGCAGACAUGCGAUGAAGGGCGACCUAACAUCGACAUCUUCGAACACAAAGCCCGCCAGCGCAGACUGUUUCGCUCUUUGAAGGAAUACGAAAAGAUCCAGUGCCUCAGCUACAUCGACUUAGUCCAGCGAGAUUCUGGCAGUGCAGGAGUACGUUGCUUUCUUGUAGAGACGUUUCAAGGUGACACCUGGCAAUGUGAAGUCAAGGAGGAGCCAGACCUGUGGAAGGAUCAGAUUCUUCGUGUGGUGGGCAAGCGGGCUGAUGAGCUGCAAGAUCUGAUGCGUGUUGAUACACAACCUCAAACUGUUCGAGAAUGGUUGGACAGCCUGUGA